AAACUCGCACACCGGCUGGCAACCGUACGUAAACAAUAAAUACAUAACAGAGCAACUCUGCAUUUGUACCGCACCAAUUUGUGAAUCUUUUGCCAUGAAUAAACUCGUCGGCACAUUUCUUCGCACGGUUGCACUGCGCCGUACGCUAUCCGGGGGACAAUCGUUUCACGUGCUCAACCGACAGUACAGCUACAAGAGUGACCUGGCGCUGGAAACCAUCUACCCGAAUAGCAGCCUCCGACUGUACACACCACCACCGCCCGCACCAAAGCCCGAUGGAACGUUUAACGGAUACAUUCCGCUGGAAAAGCUAACCAUCUCGUACAGCCGUAGCAGUGGCCCGGGAGGACAAAAUGUGAACACCGUAAGCACAAAGGUGGAUCUGCGAUUUCACUUGGAAACAGCCACCUGGCUGCCGGAAAACACGCGCAAUCGGUUAGCCCAGCUGCACAAGGGACGAAUCACCAAAGAUGGAUAUCUCGUAAUUAAAAGCGAACUGACCCGCUCCCAGCAGAUGAACACGGCGGACGCGCUGGAAAAGCUGCGCACCUUUAUACGCCAGGCCGAGCGGCCGGUUUCGGCGGAACCGUCGGAAGAGACGGUGGAAAAACUGCGCCGCCGGCACGAGAAAGCUGCCCGGGAACGGUUGGCCAUGAAGCGGAAGCGUUCCGAGACGAAGGCUCAGCGGCAAGCACCUUUGUAAGCGGAGGACCUCCAAAAGAUGUGUGUAGUAAAGUAACGCGUUUGAGUUUAAA